AUGCGUUCAUUUAGCGUAAUCUGGAGGCCACAGAGCGCAAAUCAACCAUAUACUCAGUUGAACCCCCUGCUCGUCAGCAACCUUGUGGAGACUGCCGUUCUUUUUGGAGCGCAACAUGUGAUCUCGAUCACACCACGGUCCAACCGUUCCUCACAAUUCGCCUCCAUUCUGUCCCUGGUAAGUCAUCAAGAAAAAGAGUGUGGUGGUGUGGGUGGUGUUGGAGUUGUUGUUGUUGGUGGUGGUGGUGGCGUUGAUGAUGGUGGUGUUGGUCGUAUUGGUGGUGGUGGUGGCGUUGAUGAUGGUGGUGUUGGUCGUAUUGGUGGUGGUGGUGGCGUUGAUGAUGGUGGUGUUGGUCGUAUUGGUGGUGGUGGUGGCGUUGAUGAUGGUGGUGUUGGUCGUAUUGGUGGUGGUGGUGGCGUUGAUGAUGGUGUUGUUGGUAUUGGAGUUGGUCGUAUUGGUAAUGGUGGUGAUGUUGGUGAAAUUGAUGGUGGGGGUGGUGGUGGUGUUUGUGGUGGUGAUGGUGUUGGUGUUCGUGGUGGCGGUGGCGGUGGUAGACAGACCCUCACAAUAGGAAGACGGCAAUGCCCAGCGCAGUUGAGUUUGCGAGUAAUUGCUGCCAAGACAUUGUUUGACCGCCUCUGGGCCUCUUGCACCAUUCACGUGAUUUUGCUAAAAGAGCCUUCCAAGGAAUUCGCUCGAGUGGCAUACGCAGCAGGUGUACAAGCCAGCACAGCCUAG